CUACAGUCCAAUUCAGAUUUCAAAUCUUUCCAGCCAACUUUCAAACUUUCAAACUUUCAAAAUGAAGGCCGCUACCGUCAUCUCUGCCCUUGCCAUCGCCACCGGCGCCACUGCUGCCGGUGUCCAGUGUGGCCAGCAGUACGCCCCCGUUAGCAACAUCAAGAACUGCAUCAACUUCCUCAAGGACAAGGGUACUGCCGACUGCGAGGUUGGUGGCGGCAACGGUGGUUUCUGCAAGGAUGGAUCUGCUGUGAUCCUGGGCCAUGGUGUCAGGAAGACUAACUGCCAAAACAUUGCUGCUGCCGCCGAGGCCAUUCUCGGACAGUGCACCAACGCUGAUGGCAAAAGCGCUGGAGGACGCUCUACCAUCGGUGGCAACGAGAACAUCUACAUCACCGUCGAGCGUGCUUAGAUUGCUUGCACGCCUGCAAACAGUUAGGAAUUCCCGGGGAUUGGUGAUUGAGAUAUAGAGUCAUGGCUUUGUCGG